CGAGGUCGUGCGGAGAUCAGAGGGCCUUAACAUUCCGUUGCCACCGUGGACGGCUCUAACGGGCGUUGCUGACGUCAAACUGCAUGAUCGCUCUCGAUUCUGAUCUCACUCCAUCUCUCGUCCUGCCUCUUACUCUCCGUCAACGUCGGCCGACACACCCGUCCCAUUCCAGUCCCCAAACACCAUGCCAUCAUGACACCGGCCCGCAACACCUCCGCUCCGACAAAGUCCUCAUCUCCGAGACGCCGAGAUGCCGUCGGCUGUGCCGCAGCUCAGUUCCGCACGCUCACCCUCGCGAGCUCCCACAAGUCUCGCACUCCGACGCUGGACCAUACGGCCUUUCCGCACCUCGUAGAGCGCAUCGCGCACUUCGCCCCUCCGCCGACCCUCUUCGCCAUCGCAAGCACGUCGCGAGCACUGCGCGCCCGCCUCCUCCCGAAGCUUUACGCUCACGUGUCGCUCCUCACCUCGCGCGGCGACACAUACACUCUCCGCAGCGCCGCGGGCACCUCUCUGAAGGGUCAUGUGCAUUGCACAGCGAAGACCUGGGGCAAGGAGCCCGGCGUUGGUCGCGGGCCGCCGCCUCUCCCUGGAUCGACGCGCGUGAUCGACCUCCAUCCGGGCCAGAGCCUCAUCCACUUCCCGCCAGCCAUCUUGACAUUAGUUCAACCGGAGGUGAUCCGCCUCCGCAUCUCCCUCGCUGAGAUGUACGACUCAGUCCGCCCAACGGGUCGCUUCAUGCACCUCCACGACAGUGGUCCAGCGGACAUUGCGCGGCGCCUAGUUGUCAUGGUCGAGCGCGACGUGUGGCUGGACGACUGCAUGUGGUUCUUCGACGCGCCUGUCCCCGUUGUUGUCGCUCACUUUUCGCGUGCUUGGUGCACCGGAUACCGUCAGAACCCAGGCAGCGCCCUCCCCCGACUGCCACCGACGAAGACUCGUGAGAUCAUCCUCAUCUUCGACUACCUCGACGGCGUGCAGAUACCCACUCUCGUCCCCGCACUGGCCAGAAUCGUUGCUGAGGCGUGCCGCCCGCAUAGUGCCGAGACGAGCGUCACAAUUGUCGGCGACACAGACGACGCGGAGUGGCUGAACCGGGUUGUGGGCGACAUGCGCGCUCAGUUGGACCACUACGAAGACGAUCGCGUCGAGUUCGACGGCACGUGUCCCCUGACACUCGUUUCGCGGGCUGAGUACGCCGCCAAGGUCGGCGGGACGCAGUGGGCGAUCGAGACAGAUCCAGCGUACCGCUAUGUUGGGUAGCGUGUGUGUGAGUGAAGGAGCAGGGGACACCCAUCAUCACCAAGCUGCAGCGGAACCCAUCGCUGCCAUUCCGAUCUUGAGUCGUUGUGGCACCUGCAGCGGGGGCUGUACGUAUGUGCUCGUAUGUACAUGCCAAACUGAUAGCAAUUUGCAGGUGGUCCCCGGCUACGUACUGCAGCGACGCCGGCCGCCCGUGCCCGAGGUGUCGCCUGGAUGAGCCCACCUCUGAGCGACGCAAUGACCCGAACUGUCGCUGCUGGAGUUGCAGGGAGUUCACCAGAAGAGCGCACCGGGCUGAGAUGGAGAGCGCGUUGGAAAGCUCGGCUACUGGGUCUGCGCAA